UCACAACCGGAGUUCCUAUUCAUCCGCAACCUCCAAGCAGAUGACAAAUAUCAUAAGAGGUUUAGAACGAGAUUCACUUAAUACGCUAAUAUGUGCCAUAAGUAUUGAAAUAUUCUACGAUUGUGCCUAGGCUACGAGCCUAGAUACACUAUUCCUACCGGCCUUAAGAGAUUUUAAGAGCCACUACGUCCGGUAAAUCCAAUAUGGCCAUGUUAACGGAGCUCGAAACACUCCAUAUCUCCAUCUCCGUACGUAGGUUGAAAAGCACGUAAAUGCAUCUACUAGGAACUCGUUCUAUAUAAAGAACCUCUUUCCUUAUCAGCAGGUAAGUCUUAACACACAGUAGUUCAACUAAACAUAUCCGACCCCAGAGACCACCUUACAACAAUCAGUCAACCAUCAAAUCACAAUAUGCCAGUCUUCGACGAGGCAGCGACUAGCGAGCAGGUCAUCGAGGCCUUUGCCUCGCAGAUCAAAGGUCGCACGUUCGUUAUCACAGGUGCCGGCCACCCUAGUAUCGGGAGUCAGAUUGCCGUCUCACUUGCGAGAGGUGCCCCUGCGCACAUUCUAAUCGCCUCACGCACGGCCAAGAAGGUCGACCCGGUACUAGAGAAGAUCGCCGAGAUCGAUGGUUCUAUCAAGACAACCUUCGUCCAAGUUGACUUAACGGAUCAUGAGUCGGUAAGGCGAGCAGCCAAAGAGAUACUGGCGGCAGCGCCCAAAAUCAACGUACUCAUCAACAGCGCUGGUGUAAUGGCUAUCAAAGACUACACUUUGGAUAAGCAGGGAAUCGAAUUGCAACUAUCAGCCAACCACGUCGGUCACUUCUUGCUAACGAACCUGCUCGCACCCGCACUCAUCGCUGCUGGUUCCGAGCCGGGUGGAGCGCGAGUCGUCAAUCUCACCAGCUCCGGCUUUUUCAUUAGCCCCUUCCGUUUUGACGACUGGAACUACUCGGGUGGUAAAACCUACGAUCAUUGGACCGGGUAUGGCCAAGCGAAGACCGCAAACGUUCUAUUUAGCUAUGGCCUCAAUAAACGGCUCGGCAGCCGUGGCGUGACCUCUACGGCUACUCAUCCGGGCUACAACAACGACACUGAGUUAGGAAGCCACCUUACUUAUGAAGACUACGCGCAGAUACCUGAGGUUGUAAAGCGCAAUACAGGUAAAGAGUGGGAGUGGGAGUCUCCCCGAUCAAAGACAUACACGCAAAUUGCUGCUACGUCGCUCAUCGCGGCUCUAGACCCUGAAAUUCCCGCCAAGUCGCCGGCUUACUUGAUGAACAGCCAGAUCCACGAGGCCGCCCCAUACGCGACGGACCCCGAGAAUGUUGAGAAGCUGUGGAAACUGAGUGAAGAACUUGUCGGGCAGAAGUUCGAGUAUUGAUGAGUUGCAUAAGGGAUGAUUUGCCCAUAACAUCACCAAAGGCGAAAUCAGCAUGAAUAAAAAU